UUUCCAGCUUCUUGCGUUCCUGCUCUCCUCGAGGGCAAAGAAUAAGGAGCCAGAAGACAUGGAAGAACAGAUCAAGUAUGAUCAACUGUUUAGGAGAGGAGACCUGCUGGAGGUUCCCAGGACACUUUUUACUCAUUUUGGGAUCUACCUCGGUGCAGGAAGAGUGGCUCACUUCAUCCCUGAUAUCCUGCCACUCAUCUCUCGAGACCAACAGCAGAUCAAACAAAUGGUCACAAACGUCCGGCUCAUUCUGGGCGCGAUGACAAAGCGUGGCAGCGUGAGGGUGGACUCAGUGGAUGACUUCGCCUAUGGAUCUCCAAUUCAUAUCAACACACUGGAUAAGGUGUGCAGUCGUCCACCACUUCAGGGUGAUGAGAUCGCGCAGAGAGCAACAAAGCUGAUUGGCAAUGGAAGCUACAGUUUACUGUGGUACAACUGUGAACAUUAUGUCAUGUACUGCCGCUAUGGCACAGCCAUGAGCUUCCAAACUUUCAAGUUCUGCAAAACAAUCAGGCGGAUGUUGCUGAACUGGUGUGUUGCCUUGGCGAUGACUCUGCUGUCACUGUACCUGCUCAUCGCCUGCAGCGAUGGAAACUUAUGGACCAUCGUGAUGACAUUCGUACUGUCAUUUAUCAUCUGGUUUACUUCGUGAAACAUGGGGAAAAUGCGUUCAUACUCUGUGAUCAUGACAUGUAAUGACUACAUUUAAAUGUGCGUUCUAAACAACUAUUCCUCGCUGCUGCUGCCAUUACUUAAUACUUGUCUUUGCACAAAUGUUUGACUAAUUGAUGCGCAGACCAGGACCAGUCGUUGAUGUUGUCCGAGCCAAGUGUUACAAAACUAGAAAAGCACUGAGAAUGCAACUCCGAUCAGUCCAAAUUUGAACCAUUUGUUUCUUGUCCCACUUCACAUAUUUCCUGAAAAAUCCAUCCAGAUCCCGCCAUAAAUUUUCAAGUGAUUUUGGGAACAGACAGAAAAAUCUACGCUGUUGAAAAUAACUUCCUUGGUGUUGGUAAUGCGAUGGACCGAGACUGUGUUUUCUUUGGUCAAGUAGUGAGCGUUCAUCUCUAUUUGACAGAUUUAUUGCAAAUAUUUUCACAUGCUAAGGAGGAAAUGUCCAAAAAUGUUUCAAAUUGGGCCUGAGUGAGAAGCAAAUGUGUAGCGGACAACUUUUCCUCUUAACUUUUAAUUCAAAAAAGCAAUGCAAUUUUGAAUGUUUUAAACACUCGAACAGUUUCAGAAGUUUGAAACAGAGCUGUCAUAACAGACAGACAAGUAAACGCUUUACAUUCUGCAAUCAGCAUUACAAUUCAGCAUGGUAAAGUUUCUUUUGACUGAAG